AUGGCGGGUGCUAUUUGCGGUGGCAACUUGGUGAGUGUGCUCAGCGCUAGCCAACUCGGGAGCUCGAGGCGGUUCGUGCUGAGAUCCGGCAAGACGAGCUUCGAACGUCACGUUCUCACGCCGAAACUGAGAGCCUCCUCCUCAGCCCACGUCGAAACUAGGCCGCCUCCGCCACCACUGGAAGCUACAGUGGAUAAGGAGAAACUUGGCAGCAACCAGAAUGUAUUAGCUUGUCCCAUAUGUUAUGAACCGCUAACAUUCACUGGCGAUCUGGUGUUGUCUAUGGAUGCUGCGUCCGGGUCUACUUUGGAGUGUGGCACCUGCAAGAAGACCUAUGUGGGCAAUGAAACGCAUUUUGAUCUUACAGCGGCCAGUGGAACCAAGGAAUAUGGCGAACCCAUGGCCCUUUCUACCGAGCUUUUCAGGACUCCGUUGGUAUCGUAUCUCUAUGAGAGGGGAUGGCGUCAAAGUUUUUCAGUUUGGGGUGGUUUUCCAGGUCCAGAGAAAGAGUUCGAAUUGACCAAGGGAUUCCUUAAGCCAGUAUUGGGAGGAAACAUUGUUGAUACAAGUUGCGGGAGUGGUCUUUUUUCGAGACUUUUUGCCAAGAGUGGACUGUUCUCUCUCGUUAUUGCUCUGGACUACUCUGAAAAUAUGUUGAAGCAGUGUUACGAGUUCGUUCAGGGGGAGGAGAACUUUCCGAAAGAGAACUUGGCAUUGGUCAGAGCCGACAUCUCUAGACUUCCUUUUGCUUCAGGUUCUAUUGAUGCCGUGCAUGCUGGUGCUGCUUUACAUUGUUGGCCUUCACCAUCAACAGCAGUUGCUGAAAUCAGUCGAGUUUUACGACCAGGUGGAGUUUUUGUCGCAACUACACACUUGCUCGAUGGUCCAUUUGCGUUAUUUCCUCUUCUGAGGCCAUUACGCCAGAAUAUAAGUCAAAUAUCUGGCAGCCACAUCUUCCUCUCUGAAGGCGAAUUAGAAGAUCUUUGCAGAACCUGUGGGCUGAUUGGCUUCAAAUUUUUUAGGAAUGAGCGAUUCGUGAUGAUCUCAGCUUCGAGACCCCUCUAA